AAAAAGAAAAAGAGAAAGAGAAUCCCCGUCUGUAAUCAGCGAGCAUGGCACCAACAAAGAAAGGCAAAGCAAACAGCGUGACCGAGUCGAAUCGGGCGAGUCAACCGAAAGAAUACCCAUCAUGUCUUAGAGCAAUUCCUCCAUCCUCCGUUGCCAUUACCAUCCACGCUAAACCCGGCUCCAAACUCUCCUCCAUCACCGAUAUAAGCGAAGAAGCAGUUGGAGUACAGAUUGAUGCUCCUGCUCGAGAUGGUGAAGCUAAUGCCGCUUUGCUCGAUUUCAUCCGCUCUGUUAUAGGUGUGAAAAAGAGGCAAUGCUCUAUUGGUUCAGGUUCUAAGUCGAGGGACAAAGUGGUGAUUGUGGAAGAUGUAACUUUACAAGGCGUGUUGGAUGCUUUGAAUAAAGCUGUGAAAUCCUAGCAAAAGGAUCAAAUGGAUGAAACAAGCAGUUAUGUAUAAGAGAGUUAGCAAUUGAAGUUAAGAGAUGACUUCAUGUUGGCUUUGUUCAUCUCUUAAUCUUGACUUGUAAGAUGUCUAAUCGAACUGCAUUUACCAAAGCCUCAGCAGUUCAGCAACUGGUGAUUCAGCUGUCAGUUACGGAAUAAUUAUCAAAAGAAGCUGAUGACCCUUAUUACAGUUUCUUAUGUGAAGGUGAAUUUGUAAAGACUGAAAUUAGAUGCACACUGCUUUGUUGCACUUGCAUAGCCUCUUUCCGGCGGAAAAAAUCAGAUGAUUUGGUAUGCUUUGUUGAUGUGGAUAGUGUAGAGUUAGAAUUGAACCGUAAUCCUUGCAUUUCUGGACGACUUUAACCAAUUAGCCAAAUAUAAGGGACUUUUUUAGUUGACGA